AUGGCUUUAUUUUGUUUGUAUAGAACUAUCACCCACACCAAGUCUAUCCAGUCUGCCUACCCUGCAUACACCAUGGGCGCCCUCUGUAUCGUCGGCGGCGUCUCUGGGUAUGCAAGAACUCGCUCAGUUCCUUCACUCGUCGCUGGUGUCGGCGUUGGUCUCUUAUUCCUGUGGAGUGCAGAUGUCAUCAGGAAAGGCGCGCCAAAUGGGUUGGAGGGUGCCUUGGGUGCUUCGGCCUUGCUUCUGCUCUCAUCUCUUCCCCGCAUUACUAAGGGCCCGGUACCCCUUGUGCUUGCUGCAACGAGCAGUGCUGCGGGUGUAUACUAUGGCACGAAGGUGUACAACUUACGCAACUAG